UACAAGAGAAAUGGCAGCCCUAACCAUGCUCGCUAUUGUCACAUUGUUCCUUCAUUACAAAACAAGUGCUGAAGAUCAUACCAGGAGUAUCUCCAUCAAACCGUAUUCUGAGUGUACUCAGUUUAUCUCUCCCAUAAAUGAGACUGCAGUUGACAACAUACAUAGUGUUGCCUCAUGUGCUGUACAGUGUGCCACAGACACCAGAUGCGUGGCUUUCAGCGUAUCUGCAACUGACCACAUGUGCUUGCUUCACCAUGAGAUGUUCCUGACAAAUAUCUGCUACAGUGGAAAUUGGCGCCAUUACAAUGUACGGAACCGCUGCAUGAAUGGGGGCGAAUAUGACCAGGAAAAACUAACCUGUCAAUGUUAUGGUGGCUACAUCGGUCAGUUCUGUGAAAGGAUCAUGCAGGAUUGUUCGGAAGGAUUUAGUACGGGCCAUUAUAACGAGUGGUCAGGGAUAUUCUUAAUUCAACCAAACAUAGCGCCUACCCCAUUCAAAGUCCGGUGCUCGAUGAAAAGCGGUGGUAAAACAUAUAUGCAAUGGCAUCAAGAUGGAUCUACCCAUUUCAAUCGGUCAUGGCAAGAGUACAAAGAUGGUUUUGGGGACCUUAACAAGGACUUCUGGCUUGGGAACGACAAAAUUGCUUACAUAACAAAUGGACGCAGUCAUAGGCUCACUUUUCGAACUACGGAUAUCAGUACCACUGUCACAAGACAGCGGUUAUACACAAAGUUCAACCUGUCUCAAGAUGGCCUGUACAGACUGGCAUAUAAAAAAACAUGGGGACAUCGGGAGAAUCCCGACUAUAAUGGUGGUGAUUGUUUGGGUGAUUUGAAGGGACAGCCCUUCUCCACCUUCGACCACGAUAACGACGACAGCCCCCUGAACUGCGCUCAAAUACAUCAGUCUGGAUUCUGGUUCAAGGACUGCACUCCCUGUAACCCCAAUGGUGUUUGGUCAGAUACUUCAGAUGGAAAGAGAGCUGGAAUACCCGAGGAGAUGUUCUGGAUACCUGUUACCGGAGAUUACCUGAUAUCGUCUUGCAUGGCUUAUUUGGUUGCCAUAUAAUUGCAUUUAUUGAGGUAAAUGUAUCAUCCGUAAUUGUCAAUGUGCACAAUAUGCACGUUGGUUAGGGAUUAUGGUAUUUUGCUGAACAUACCAUGUGUUUUUUUACUAAUACAAAUUAACACGUUUCAUGCCAUGCAUUGACAUCUUACGUAAUAUAACCAAGGGUUUCAUUUUCGUUUUAAACAUUCAGAUAAAAUAUUAUAAGCAAACCUUACUUGUUUGUGUGUGUGUGAAUAAUUGUUGAAAAUAUAUGACAUUUUCAACAAACACACUGUGUGUCAUUUAGGCAGCUUUGCAAAACUGAUAGGUAAGAAGUGAGUAGUGGGACCACAUUUUUCACAAUUCUUCGCUUUUAUUGUAUGUGUUCGGUUCGUUAAUAUGUUCUUAUGGUUUUAGAUCAACAGAUAUAAUGUCUUGUUCACCUGGAUAUAUGUCAACGGGUUAAAAUGUCAACAAAAUACGACAAGGUUUCUGUCGUUGAUACUCAAUUUUAUUCUGCAUAUAUGCUGAGAAUAAAAGCAAAUUCAUCUUUAUCUUACUUUGUAUUUUGACCAAGGUGAAACCCGAAACUUCUUGAAUGUUGGAAGCAGGUAGAAAAGUCAGUGAAUCCAGAUAGAUAUUCCGUCCACAGUGGGUAAGUAGAAGUACUGUACAUGUCAGCCUUCUAGAAAUUGUGAACUCGCGACGGCUACUGGAAUGGUGUAGUGUGUCCCGCGAGUGAAUCAAUUAUGUAAGCAAGCUCCUCACAGCGCACGUCUCUACACUAACGCUCUAUGGACCCGUGAAGAUCCGGGGUAGAAUAGGUCUUCAGCAACCCAUGCUUGCCGUAAAAGGCGACUAUGC